CCUGACCCUGAUUCCAUGUCUGUGACAUGAGUGUUAACUUUCUCAUGUUGCAAUAAACCGUAAUUUUAAUAAUACACCCUGCAAAUUCAUUGUUAUACAAUGUUUAAGAAAUUUGUAGCAAAAGAUAAUAUAUCUGGGACCACACAAGUUAAGUCAUCCGUUGCUCGUAAUAUAAGAAGUACUUUGGUUGAAAACUACCCCCCAAUUGCACCUUACAUCGAUCAAAUCAUUCCAAAAAAGGAACCUUUAAUUCUUGUAAAGUGUCAUGACCAUAUUGAGCUUGUAGCACUGGGUCACCAGGUCAUCUUUUUCCGGGAUAAAGCAGGUGUUUUCAUGCCAACACUUAAGUUACUACACAAAUAUCCUAUGAUGUUACCCCAUCAGCAGGUGGAUCAAGGUGCUAUACGUUUUGUACUUAGUGGUGCCAACAUCAUGUGUCCUGGUCUCACAUCACCAGGGGCUAAUAUGCAAGACUGUGAAAAGGACAAAAUUGUUGCCAUCAUGGCUGAAGGAAAAGAACACGCUAUUGCUAUAGGGUUAAUGAAAAUGUCAUCAGACGAUAUUAAAACAGUGAACAAAGGUGUUGGUGUGGAAAAUCUUCAUUAUGUAAAUGAUGGUUUAUGGCAGAUGAAGAAUAUCAAGUAGCCCAUAAGGGAAGAAUUCUUAACAUGUCCUGGCAGCUCCCACAAUCAGUGGGAAUAUACUGCAAUAGUUCUCAGCACUGCGUGGCAAAUUGUCAUGGAAGAAGGCUUGAAGACGGGAUUUGACAAGCAACUUCAUUCAUUGCCAGCCGGAAUGGUGAACUUUAGAACUAAUGUUAAUAAGAUCUGCAGAGCUAUUUAAAAUAUAUUAACCGACGUCUGUUGGACUGGGAAUUACGCAAGACUUAAACAUGAAGUUCACACUGUGUGAAUGACAGACAAGCUUUUGGCUCAAUUACAUUUAACCCCUGUCCGCACAUGCCUGUGAUAUGACAUCACCAAAACAGACACUUGGCUGAUGAACAUACAUGGAAAAUAAUUUUUCCGUGAUUUAGAUUGCAGUACAAAUACUUUCAAAUGCGUCUUAAUUAUUUAAUAAGUGCUUAUCGCAAUUUAAAAAAAAUUUUUUUUUACUGCAUUCCCACUGAAGUAAAUGUUGAAUUGGUAGCAGAUGGUGGCAUAUCUAUGUCUCGCGUUUCUUUUUUUCCUGCACCAUAUAAACAAACAGCAAGUAUGUAUGUACUAUCUAUCACAUUUAUUGGUCAGUAAGAUUUUUUUUUAACUUGCUUCAAUAAAGUAAACAAUAUAUGUUUUAAAA